AUGUGUUUUGUCCAUAAGAAAUUCUUAUUCUCUGAGGUCGUAUGUGAAGAAUUGAAUGUAAUGGCUGAUCCAGAUCCGGAGACGUUGUUGGAAUGGUUAAACAGCGGCCUGGGCGAUGAGCGGGAUAUGCAGCUCAUCGCCCUCGAGCAACUCUGUAUGUUACUGUUGAUGUCAGACAAUGUCGACAGAUGCUUCGAGAGUUGCCCGCCGAGGACUUUUCUGCCCGCCCUUUGUCGUAUCUUUCUGGACGAACAGGCGCCCGAGAACGUAUUGGAAGUGACCGCAAGAGCUAUCACCUACUAUUUGGACGUUUCGGCGGAAUGUACAAGAAGAAUUGUUGCCAUCGAAGGGGCCGUUAAAGCCAUUUGUAACCGACUCGUCGUUGCGGAACUAUCGUCGAGGACCAGCAAGGAUUUGGCCGAGCAAUGCGUUAAGGUGCUUGAAUUGAUAUGUACGAGAGAAGCCGGAGCCGUAUUCGACGCGAGCGGUUUGAGUUGCAUAUUGCCCUUCAUCCGCGACAACGGCCAGCGGGUCCACAAAGACACGCUGCAUUCGGCGAUGGCCGUCGUCUCCAGGCUGUGCACGAAGAUGGAACCGGCCGACGCCCAAUUGCCCACGUGCGUGUCCGCCCUCAGCACGCUGUUGCACCACGAGGACGCGCACGUCGCCGACGGGGCGCUGCGCUGCUUCGCCUCCGUCGCCGAUCGGUUCACCAGGCGAGGGGUCGAUCCGGCGCCGUUGGCGCAACACGGUUUGGUCAACGAGUUACUGAGUAGACUUUCGAACGCUGCUGGACCAGCUACAGCAAGCGGCAGUCAAACUACACCAGGCAAAACACCGUCAACGAGUAACCCGACAACGGCUACGCCCGAUUCUAAAGCCAACGCCGCGUCAAUUUCGACUAUAAUAAGUCUAUUGUCGACGUUGUGUAGGGGUUCUCCUUCAAUUACGCACGACUUGCUGCGCUCCGAAUUGCUCGACGCCAUCGAAAAAUCCCUCAAGGGAGACGAACGCUGCGUUUUGGACUCGAUGCGACUGGUAGAUCUGCUGUUGGUGCUCCUGUUCGAAGGCCGAAGGGCCUUGGGCAAAUCCGCAUCGUCGUCUUCGGGUCAACUGAUGCCGCGCAUGCGUCGCAUGGACUCGGCCGCCGAGAAGUCCCACCGCCAACUGAUCGACUGCAUUCGCUCGAAGGACACCGACGCGCUCAUCGAGGCCAUCGAGAACGGCGGCGUCGAGGUGAAUUUCAUGGACGACGUCGGCCAAACGUUGCUCAAUUGGGCGUCCGCUUUCGGCACGCACGAAAUGGUGGAGUACCUGUGCGAAAAGGGCGCCGACGUGAACAAGGGCCAGCGCAGCUCGUCGUUGCACUACGCCGCCUGCUUCGGGCGGCCGGCCAUCGCCAAGGUGUUGCUGCGCCACGGCGCCAAUCCCGAUUUGCGCGACGAGGACGGCAAGACGCCGUUGGACAAGGCGAGAGAGCGCGCCGACGAGGGACACCGCGAGGUGGCGGCCAUCUUGCAGAGUCCCGGCGAGUGGAUGAUACCCGUCGAUAAGGAGAGGAACAGGAAAUCGGAGUCGGAGGUCGAGGAUAACAUCGAGCCCAGAGGCGAUCCGGAGAUGGCGCCGAUUUACCUGCAACGUUUGCUGCCGGUGUUUUGUACGACGCUACAAUCGACGAUGUUGCCGAGCGUGAGGAAGGCCAGUUUGGGUUUGAUUCGAAAAAUGGUGCAUUACAUUCAGCCGAACCUGUUGGAAGAGCUGUGUUUGAUCGAGGCUAAUCCGAACUUCGGAACGCAGAUUGUCGAAGUCAUUGCUACAGUUUUAGAUAAUGAAGACGACGAAGAUGGACACUCUGUGGUAUUGCUGAUCAUACAAGAUUUAAUGGCGAAGUCGCAAGAGGUGUUUUUGGAUCAUUUUGCUAGAUUGGGCAUUUUUACGAAGGUGCAAACGCUUGCCGGUCCGCCUGAAGCGCAAGAAAACGAAGAAGCCGACUCCAACACUGAAGAAACAUCCGAGGUGGUUCAAAUCGAAGACGCGAAGGAAAUACUGCCGGGUAAAGCAUACCACUGGCGCGAUUGGUCAAUCUGCAGAGGCAGAGAUUGCCUGUACAUUUGGUCGGACGCCGCGGCUUUGGAGCUUUCCAACGGCUCGAACGGUUGGUUUAGAUUCAUAUUGGACGGAAAAUUGGCGACGAUGUACUCGAGCGGCUCGCCCGAAGGAGGAGCCGAUACGUCCGAAAACCGCGGAGAAUUUUUGGAGAAGUUGCAAAGGGCCAGAUCGGCCGUGCGGUGCGUCAACAAUUCCACGCCCGUUCUUUCGAAGCCCGGCCCCUCCAGAUUGGUGGUAGGAAACUGGUCGUUGACGUCCAGGAAAGACGCCGAAAUCCACAUACACAACUCCGACGGUCAACAACAAACGACCAUCCUCAGGGAGGAUUUACCCGGUUUCAUUUUCGAAUCGAACCGCGGAACCAAGCAUUCUUUUAUCGCAGAAACCUAUUUAGGUCCGGAAUUCUCCGCUGGAUGGAUAAACAAAAAAGGAAAGCGCAUGCGAUCGAAGUUGGAGGCUACCAAGAUGAAAGUGAAAUAUCUAGCUCAUCAAAUCUACGAACAAUACUUCAGAGUGGCCCAAGCUCAACCGAGAGGCAUCGUCGCCAAAUUGGGCAACAUCGUCGCCCAAAUCGAACGCGCUUGCCAAAAGCAAUGCUCCUACGGCAACAACCGCGAGGGCGGCAAUUCCUGGAAGGAAAUCCUCCACAACGCGCUCGACGAAUUGACGCAAGUCCUGAAGGAAGACGGCGUCGUCUCGGCCUACGAACUCCACAGUUCCGGCUUGGUGCAAGCAUUGCUCUCGCUGUUAUCUACCAGCUACUGGGAACAAGGCUUAAAGUCCAGCAAAAUGAACAAAUAUCAGAAACAAAGAGUCCAGGUGUUUAAGCAAUGUUUCAGAAACAAAGCCAACGAAGACAAGUCCCCCUGUUUGAUAUUAGUUCACAAAUUGAUAGCCGUUCUCGAGAGCAUCGAAAAACUGCCCGUACAUUUGUACGAUACCCCGGGCACCGGAUACGGCCUCCAAAUCCUCACCAGACGAUUGAGAUUCAGAUUGGAAAAAGCCGCCGGCGAAAGCACUUUGAUCGACAGGUCCGGCAGAAGCCUAAAAAUGGAACCGCUCGCGACCGUCGCCCAAUUGGAGAGGUACCUGCUAAAAAUGGUCGCCAAGCAAUGGUACGAUUACGACCGAACCACCUUCCAAUUCCUGAAGAAACUGCGCGACUCGAAAUUCCAAUCGUUCAAGCACACCCACGACUUUGACGAGAACGGUUUGAUCUAUUUCAUCGGCACCAACGGCAAGACCAGUUCGGAAUGGGUGAAUCCCGGCCAGUACGGCUUAGUAACGGUCACCAGUUCGGAUUCCCGUAAUUUACCGUACGGUCGCGUCGAGGACAUCCUCUCCAGAGAUUCGUCGGCGCUGAAUUGCCACACCAACGACGACAAACGCGCCUGGUUCAGCAUCGACUUGGGCGUGUACGUCGUACCUAACGCCUACACCUUGCGGCACGCCCGAGGCUACGGCCGAUCGGCCCUGAGAAACUGGCAUUUCCAGAUGUCGCGCGACGGCGCCAAUUGGACCACGUUGUACACCCACACGCACGACAUGUCGCUGAACGAUCCCGGCAGCACGGGCACCUGGCCCGUCGACGUGUCGCCCGAGGAGACGCAGGGCUGGCGGCACGUUCGCAUCCAGCAGGCGGGCAAGAACGCCUCGGGCCAGACGCACUACUUGAGUUUGUCCGGCUUCGAGAUCUACGGCACGGUGACGGGCGUGUGCGAGGACAUGGGCAAGGCGCACAAGGAGCAGGAGGCCCACAUGCGGAAGCAGAGGCGAUUGCUGAAGUCGCAGUUGUUGAAGCACAUGACCGUCGGCGCCAGGGUCGUUAGAGGAGUCGAUUGGAAGUGGAGGGACCAGGAUGGAAAUCCGCCUGGCGAAGGUACCGUCACUGGGGAGCUUCACAGCGGUUGGAUCGACGUUACGUGGGAUCACGGCGGUUCGAAUUCCUACAGAAUGGGCGCCGAGGGCAAGUACGAUUUGAAAUUGGCCCUGGGCUACGACGUAGAGUCGGCCGCCGCCGCUUCGUCCUCGAAGCAAUCGUCCAGUAACAAGCAAAAGAACGAUAAGGACAAGCAGAGCGUGUUAACCAGCAGAAAGAGCAGUUCCACGCCCAGUCUACCGGAGGCCACGGAAGUCAAAACGUCCGUAGCGUCGACGGAACAGGCCGCCUCGGCGGACAAUCUAGCCGCGAAACAAGCCGCAGAAACGAUAGCCGAAAGCGUGCUAUCGGUAGCCCGAAACGAAGCCCUGGUGGCGGUAACCAGCGAGUCGCAGGCCGCUUCGAACGAAAGCGAACUAUCGGUGGUCGUGCAUCCGUUGCGCGAUCCCCACAACGAUCUCUCUAGCAUUAACAAUUCGUCGGAUUUGGCGACGAUCGUCGAAAGUUUGGCGCUGUGCGACACCGGCCCCUCGACCGCCGGCGAAUCUCAAAAGCCGUCGACGAACUCGAAGUCCAACCGCAAUUCGAAGAUCAGCAAUUCGCAGGCGGCCGCCGCCGCCCAGAGUUUCGUCGAAGCCGUCGAGGCUUUGGACAAGUUCCGCGAGGGAUCCGACAUGCUCAGGAACAACACCAACAAUUUCCUGUCGGCCGAGUUGCUGCAGUCGGCGCUCAAUUUGGGCCAGGGCAGUCAAAUCAACGCGCUGUCGAGCGUAAGGAUUUCGGUGUCUGGGAAUUCCGAAACCGACGAGGAGAAGCCGUCGUUGCGACGGAAAACGGACGCCGCGAAAAACGGCAAUUCUAGUAGUGAUAAAGACGAGGCUGUGACGAAUAGUAAUAACGCUAAAAACAGUAGUAAUAAUACGAUUGUCGUUACGAACCCGAUGAGCGUGAGUGUGCCCAAUUUGACUACGGAAUCGAAUAGCCAGAUCGAACCCACGACAACAGCAGGUCUCUUGGAGACGUUCGCCGCCCUGGCCCGCCGUCGUACAUUGGCUUCGGUGACGGCCUCGAUCGCUUCCAACACGAACACCAACAAUACUCAAAGCACGAACGCGCAGAACAACCAGAACAGCGGCUCGUUGUUCCCGCGUGCGCCCAACUCCGUCUCGAGUCUAGUCCGAUUGGCGUUGUCCAGCAAUUUCCCCAGCGGUUUGCUGAGCACCGCCCAGAGCUAUCCCAGCUUGUCGUCCAGCAACAAUCCCGGCAAUCAGGCGGGCGGCAUUUCGACCACGGCCGGAGCCGUCCAGGGUUUGAGCCAGGCCUUGACGAUGAGCCUGACGUCCACCAGCAGCGAUAGCGAACAGGUGUCUUUGGAAGACUUUUUGGAAUCGUGCAGGGCUCCGACGUUGUUGGCAGAAUUAGACGACGAUGAAGAAAUGGGCGAAGACGAUGAUAACGACGAGGACGAGAACGAAGACGACGCCGAAUACGAGGAGGUUAUGGUAUCGAGAAAUCUUCUAUCGUUUAUGGAGGAAGAAGCUUUCGAGGCUAGACCGACGAAGAGACGUUCCUGGGACGACGAAUUCGUGUUGAAGAGGCAAUUCAGCGCUUUGAUACCGGCUUUCGAUCCUAGACCGGGCAGGACUAAUGUCAAUCAAACGACAGAUCUCGAGGUACCGCCGCCCGGACAAUUCGAGACCUCGUCGGUGUCCGAGCACGAGCUUCUGCCCCAACCGAAGCUGCAAUUGAUGUUGAAGGGUCCUAAUAUGCCCGGCAUUGCGGACGUCGAAAUCGAAUUGACGGAUCGUUCUUGGACUAUCUUCAGGGCUGUUCAAGAACUGAUGCAAAUGACAGAUUUCAAUUCGAAACAAGAGAAAGUUAGACGAAUUUGGGAGCCUACCUAUUUGAUCGUGUACAGGGAAUUGAAAGACGACAACAGCUACGAGACGGAAGACGGGCGGGAGACGCCGGUCGCGACGCAGUACUCGCGGAGCGGCAGCAGUUCCGUGGCCGGUACUACGCUGUCGCCGAGCACGCCCAUACCCGGUACGCCUUCAGUAUCGAAUUGCACCGUCGAGGACGUCCUGCAACUGUUGCGACACCUAUUCGUCAUUACGACGCUGAAAGAGAACGAUUUGAAAAUCUUCGAGACGUCCGACAUACAACCCGACGAGUAUUCCAGCAAGAAAAUCACCAACAAAUUGCUGCAACAAAUUCAGGAUCCCUUGGUGCUGUCGAGUUCGAGCCUACCGGCUUGGUGUGAGGAAUUAAAUCAUUCCUGUCCGUUCCUGUUCCCGUUCGAGACGCGCCAGUUGUACUUCAACUGCACCGCAUUCGGCGCUUCCCGCAGCAUCGUGUGGCUUCAAACCCAACGGGACGUUACGAUGGAAAGGCAAAGGACGCCCGGUUUGUCGCCCCGAAGGGACGAUCCGCACGAAUUUAGGGUCGGCAGGUUGAAACACGAACGGGUGAAAGUUCCUCGAGGCGAGCACCUGCUCGAUUGGGCCAUGCAGGUUAUGAAGAUACACGCCAGCAGAAAGAGCAUACUAGAGGUGGAGUUUGCCGAGGAGGAGGGCACUGGUUUGGGUCCGACACUCGAAUUUUACGCUUUGGUGGCUGCGGAAAUUCAAAGACGCGAUUUGGCGAUGUGGAUUUGCGACGACGAGGCAAUCAGUUUAAACGAACCUAUCGAUUUGGGCGAAGGGAUGAAGCCUCCCGGGUACUACGUUCGAAGGGCUUCGGGUCUAUUCCCUGCACCCCUGCCGCAGAACACUGCUGUAUGCGACAAGGCCGUCAAGUACUUCUAUUUCCUCGGAAUAUUUCUGGCCAAAGUUUUGCAAGACAACAGGCUGGUCGAUCUGCCUUUGAGCGCGAGCUUUUUGAAAUUGAUUUGCCACGGCGAAAUCCAGAACACCGUCAACGAAAGGAUCGGUUUCGCGGGUAUCAAAAAGACCAUCGAAGAGGACAUCAUGACGUCGAGUUUCAUAUCGGAGGAAAGCGAGAAGGAAUUGGAACUCGAUCCGCCUAAGCUAGUGAUGGAGGAGAAACGGCCUUGGUAUAGCAACAUUUUAGGAGAAGAAGACUUGUACAACAUGGACCCAAUUAGAGCUAGUUUCCUGAAGCAAAUUAAGGAAUUGAUUAAACAGAAGCAGAAAAUUUUGCAGGAUCACACGCUUACGCCUGAACAAAGGAACCAUCAAAUACAGAAUCUCUGUUUGAAUCAUUCAUCGGGUCCCGUACUUUUAGAAGAUUUAGCUUUAACGUUCACAUACUUACCUAGUUCGAGCAUUUACGGAUUCUCGGCCGUAGAUUUAGUUCCUAAUGGUGCUGACAUAGAAGUUAAUAUAGAAAAUGUGGAGGAAUACGCCGAAUUGACCAUAUCGUUUUGCUUGGACAAGGGCGUCGCCAGGCAAUUGGAAGCAUUCCACAAAGGUUUUUCGCUAGUGUUUCCUAUGGAAAAAAUGACCGCUUUCAGUCCGGAGGAAGUGCGCGUCAUGCUGUGCGGUGAUCAAAAUCCCGAAUGGACUAUGGAGGAUCUUCUCAACUACACGGAACCCAAGCUCGGCUACACCAAGGAUAGUCCCGGUUUCCUAAGAUUCGUGAACGUGCUGGUAAACAUGUCCUCGGAGGAGAGGAAGGCUUUCUUGCAGUUCACCACCGGUUGCAGCUCUCUACCGCCGGGCGGUCUGGCCAACCUUUAUCCGAGGCUGACCAUCGUGCGCAAGGUGGACGCCGGAGAGGGCUCGUACCCUUCGGUCAACACGUGCGUGCACUAUCUGAAGUUACCGGAUUAUUCGACGGAGGAUAUCCUCCGGCAGCGGUUGCUAGCAGCUACUAAAGAGAAGGGUUUCCAUUUGAAUUGAAGCCGCUCAGUAAAAGCGUACCUUAGUCACACGUUGAUUUGUCUGAAUAUAGAUAUGACGCACUCGAAGCCGCCGCGCUUCACGCUUUUACUUGUUCAAAAUAAAAAUAAUAUAAUAACAUUGAUUUUCGUGCUUGUAUUUAUGUAAGACGGUCAGCGGUUUAAAUUAACGUUGUAUUAUUUCUUUAAGCUACUAUGUGUAAUUUUAGAAACAAAAAAAAACUUAUUGAAAGUACUGAGAAUUUUUGUAUUUACAAUCAGGAAUUAGUAGGGAAUUUUCGAGUACGCAUGGUGUACUUUGUGAAAGUAUAUAUUUCAAAAUUAUGCAUAUAAUAAAAGGAGCAUCUCUUGUUGAAAACAUCGAGUUUGCUAAAUGAUUUUAGGAAGUGAUAUAGAAAAUAUUUAUACAUAUUAUAUAUAAAUAUAAAAAGCGUAAUCGAAUUUAAAAUGAUUAUUUUAGAGGAAAAUUGAGGGGAAGAUUUUGGAAAAAAAUGUCGGGAAAUUCAGCCAAAUAGCUCUGAACGUUGUUAGAAAUCCUCCCACUUUGUUUUCCUCUUUUGGAACUUCGGUUUUUGUAUAUUUUUUACUAUUUCUAUGCGUUGAAAAAUUAUCAAAAAAUGUAUUUAAAUUCAAUAUUAUAAUGUAUCCUAGUUGUUAUCUCGACUCAUAAAUAGAAAUUUUUCAGUACUUCAGGAAUAAUUAUCUUAAUGUAAGCAAAUUGAAAAGAAAAACCAUAUGCCCGUCGACAAUUUUGAUUAUACAAUAACACAAGCAAAUGUCAAAAUUGUCUAAUAAAUAAAAUAUAGUAUAUAUACCUAAUAAAUAUGUUGAAAUGCGGCUUUUGUGGUAUCGAAUGCUUCACUAUUUUCAGCAGAGAACUCUACAUUUAAAAGAUAACAUUAUUAAAGCCAUAUUUCAACUACGUUGCUAAUGCAACAAAUUACACUAAUAGCUAAUCCCUAACAAAUUUGACAUUUGUAACAGAUAAAUGUAUAUAGAAGAAAACGUUAGAUCUACUCAAUUUUGUAUUUUUUCCAAGUUUCCUCUAAAUUCUUGUUUUUAAUAUAGCGGUUAAAAAAUUUGACAAAUACAUUUUUUGUAAUGAAUUACGCGAUGUUGUUAAUUGAAUUCGGUAGUGUCCAGUAAUUCAUAAUGGACAAUUAUCUAAAUCAACGCUUAAAUCAAAUUGAUACGUUAGUGUGAGUAGCAGUUUUAUUUUUGGUUUAUUUUAGAUGGAGUUACAAAUUUGAUUUAUCUUUGAGUUAAGUGGCGGAGAGUUCUUGUUAUACUGGGCAAUUUUAAACAGUUUAUAUAAAUGCGCACUCUAUUUGGGUACUUUUGGUUUACAUUCUUACUUUUGCUUGGAACUACUUUCUGCUACGCUACAUUUAAAUAUUGUAGAGAGAUAUGUCUGUAUGUAAUAGAUGUUAAAUACAUUAUAUCAAUAAAAUCUCUUUAAAUUAA